CUGCCUCUUUUGGUUUGGCUGGUCCGCCUGGGGCUCUUCCCUUAUUUGUCGCCGCAGGAACAGCGGCUGCCAGCAUUGGCAUUCCUGUCAGUGGUCGGUCUAAUGCAGUCGGAGCUGCUGGCCGGACCCAAGGAAUAUUAAAUUUACUUCUUGGCGAGGCAAAGUCUGAUGCCUUAACGGAGGCUCGCUUCGAUUUAAAUAGUGGGAAAUAUCUUCGUGGUGCAGCUGAUUUUGACAGCCCAGGUAAUAUUUUAUGGCUGAUAGGGAAAAUUUUUCUGUAA